AUGGUCGAGGUGCGAGUCCGCCGCACAGCGUCGCGCGCCUCGCACUCCUCACGCCGCACCUCCCGCCACACCCGCUCGCCGAAGCGCCGCCCGGGCGGUCCCAGCAUAGUCAGCGCCGACUCGUACGAGGUGCGGACCUACGAGCGGGUUCACGUCCCGCCGCCGCCUCCUCCCCCCCACGCGAGGGAGCCCAUCAUCGUGGAUGCCGCCCCGUCGUCACGCCAGACGCUGACGGACUCCGACUCGGACUCGGAGUCUGACUCGGAGGACGACGAGGUGGUCGUCAUCGAGGAGAGCAGCACCCCUCCCAGGCGUAGGAGAGAGCGCAGCUAUGACAGGAGACGCCGGAGCCCAAGCUACUCCAUUGAUUGA